AUGGGUCAAAGCGCAUCUAAUCCAAACAGAAAAGGUAAGAAAGGUAAAAACCAAAAACCUAAAUAUGAACCACCAGAACAGUAUAGAUCUCAUAGAGCGGCAAGAAGAAGAAGAAAUGGCGGUAACAUCAGCGGUACCGAAAAAUUGCCAAAUGUGUAUCCUACCACACGUUGCAGACUAAAAUUGUUGCGGAUGGAAAGAAUAAAGGAUCAUUUGUUAUUGGAAGAAGAAUUUGUUACGAAUGCUGAAAUUUUGAAACCGUUUGAAAAAAAACAAGAAGAAGAAAAGAAGCAACUAGAGGAAAUUCGUGGUUCCCCGCUAAGCAUUGGCACUUUGGAAGAAAUGAUAGACGAUGAUCAUGCCAUUAUCACAAACCCAACUACGGCCGAUUAUUAUGUUUCUAUUUUGUCAUUUGUUGACAAAGAUUUGUUAGAACCUGGCUGUUCAGUUUUAUUGCAUCACAAAACGAUGUCUAUUGUUGGUGUUUUACAAGACGAUGCUGACCCAAUGGUGGCAGCUUUGAAGAUAGAUAAAUCACCAACCGAGUCUUACAGCGACAUUGGUGGAUUAGAAGCCCAAAUUCAGGAAAUAAAGGAGGCAGUUGAAUUACCUUUAACCCAUCCUGAACUAUACGAAGAAAUGGGUAUCAAACCGCCAAAGGGUGUUAUAUUAUAUGGUGCGCCUGGUACUGGUAAGACUUUGCUUGCUAAAGCUGUAGCUAAUCAAACAUCAGCAACCUUCUUGAGAAUUGUUGGUUCAGAAUUGAUCCAAAAGUAUUUGGGUGAUGGUCCCCGUUUAUGUAGACAAAUUUUUAAAGUGGCAGCUGAAAAUGCACCAAGCAUAGUAUUUAUAGAUGAGAUCGAUGCUAUUGGUACCAAAAGGUAUGAAUCUAAUAGUGGUGGUGAAAGAGAAAUUCAAAGAACAAUGUUGGAGUUGUUAAACCAAUUGGAUGGAUUUGACGAUAGAGGGGAUGUCAAAGUCAUUAUGGCCACAAACAAGAUAGAAAGUUUGGAUCCGGCUUUGAUUAGACCGGGAAGAAUUGACCGUAAAAUUUUAUUUGAAAAUCCAGAUUUGGCCACAAAAAGAAAGAUUUUAGGCAUUCACACUUCCAAAAUGAGCUUGAGUGAAGAUGUUAAACUAGAUACUUUAGUUACCUCAAAGGAUGACUUGUCAGGUGCAGAUAUUAAAGCCAUGUGUACAGAGGCUGGUCUAUUGGCAUUGAGAGAAAGAAGAAUGCAAGUCACAGCAGAGGAUUUUAAACAAGCCAAAGAACGUGUUUUGAAAAAUAAAGUGGAGGAAAAUUUGGAGAGCUUAUAUUUGUGA